AUGACCAAGCCCCGCGCCUACCUCGUAACGGGAGCGAGCAACGGCAUCGGUGCGGCCAUCGCGGCCCUCCUCCUCGCUCAAGGACACACAGUCCUCAAUGUAGACCUGAAGCCGCCCUCCCUCCCCCCUUCCGGGAUGGUCUGUUUCCAAGCCGAGCUCUCGGACGAGCAGCAGACCAAGGAAAUUGCUGCCCGUCUUGCGUCCGAAUACGCCAUCAUUGGGCUAGUCAACAACGCCGGCGCGACGCGACCUGGAACAGCCGAGAGUGCGACUCUCGACUCGCUCGACUUUGUCUGCAACCUCCACCUCAAAGCGAGCCUGAUCUUCAUCCAAGCCGCCCUUCCCGCAAUGAAGGAAGCCGGAUUCGGGCGUAUCGUCAUGCUCGCCUCGCGCGCUGCUCUCGGUAAACCGAACCGCGUCGUCUACUCGGCCACCAAGGCCGGUAUGAUUGGCAUGGCGCGAACGCUGGCUAUGGAACUCGGCGUGCAUGGCAUCACGGUCAACUCUGUUGCUCCGGGGCCGAUUGCCACCGAACUGUUCAUGAGCUCGAAUCCACCAGGUGCGCCCACCACGCAGGCCAUCAUCAACUCGACAGUGUGUAAGCGCCUCGGGACGCCAGAGGACGUGGCGCGCGCAGCGGCAUUCUUCCUCGACGAGGCUAAUGGGUUCGUCACUGGCCAGGUCAUGUAUGUGUGUGGCGGGACGACGCUGGGCGUCGCGCCGGUGUAG